AGUUGGUUGAGGCCAGCGGCGUCAAUCGACGAGCUCUCCCUCCUAAAGCGGCUGCGAAGCCCCGCGUGACAGGUCGACUAGCGCAAGGGACGCUUCAGCACAGCAACAUAGUAUUUGUCCAGUCAAUAUCUUCCUGUGAACGCAAAGGGGCCGCCAGCAUGGUCACCCCACCGGGCGGCAAGCCUACAUUGCGGCGGUCAGUGUUGGCUUCGGCGUUCAUCUUCGUCACAGCACUGGAAACCGUAGCGCCUCUCUCGGUGACCAAAGUGGUGGACACAAGCUCCUCGUGCUCGGACAAGCAGUUCAAGUGCGUCGCCGGAGGGAACUGCAUCCCGGGAUGGUGGCAGUGCGACGGAACGUGGGACUGCAGAGACGGAUCGGACGAGCAGGAUUGCCACGCGAACAGGAAGUGUCUCGAAGAUCAAUUCAAGUGCGGACAAGCCGGUCACUGCAUCCCGGUCACCUUUCGUUGCGACGGUGUACGCGACUGCGAAGACGGAUCCGACGAGGCCAACUGCACCUCGGCGGAGAACUGCAAACAGGCUGGCUUCGCUUGCAGGGAUAGCGGAGAGUGCAUACCUGUGCUCAAGCGUUGCGACGGUAAGCGGGACUGCGAAGACGGCUCGGAUGAAGAAAGCUGUACGUCCGCACGCGCUUGUUCGGAAACAGAAUUUGCCUGCAAGGACAAAGGUCAUUGCAUAUUGGCAACAUGGCGGUGCGACGGUGACACCGACUGCUCGGACCACUCGGACGAAGAGAACUGUACGUCUGCACGCAAUUGUUCAGAAAUAGAAUUUGCCUGCAAGGACAAUGGUCAUUGCAUAUCGGAGAGAUGGCGAUGCGAUGGUGACCCCGACUGCUCAGACCGCUCAGACGAAGAGAACUGUACGUCUGCACGCACUUGUCCGGAAACAGAAUUUGCCUGCAAGGACAAUGGUCGUUGCAUCUUGGCAGCGUGGCGGUGUGACGGUGACUCCGACUGCUCGGACCACUCGGACGAAGAGAACUGUACGUCUGCACGCACUUGUUCGGCAACAGAAUUUGCCUGCAAGGACAAUGGUCAUUGCAUUUCGGCGACGUGGAGAUGUGACGGUUCCACCGACUGCUCAGACCGCUCAGACGAAGAAAACUGUACGCCCGCGCGCACUUGUCCGGAAACAGAAUUUGCCUGUAAGGACAAUGGUCUUUGCAUCUUGGCAGCGUGGCGGUGUGACGGUGACUCCGACUGCUCGGACCACUCGGAUGAAGAGAACUGUACGUCUGCACGCACUUGUUCAGAAACAGAAUUUGCCUGCAAGGACAACGGUCAUUGCAUAUCGGAGAGAUGGCGAUGCGAUGGUGACCCCGACUGCUCAGACCGCUCAGACGAAGAUAACUGUACGCCUGCACGCACUUGUCCGGAAACUGAAUUUGCCUGCAAGGACAACGGUCAUUGCAUAUCGGAGAGAUGGCGAUGCGAUGGUGACCCCGACUGCUCAGACCGCUCAGACGAAGAUAACUGUACGUCUGCACGCACUUGUCCGGAAACAGAAUUUGCCUGCAAGGGCAACGGUCAUUGCAUAUCGGAGAGAUGGCGAUGCGAUGGUGACCCCGACUGCUCAGACCGCUCAGACGAAGAGAACUGUACGUCUGCACGCACUUGUUCAGAAACAGAAUUUGCCUGCAAGGACAACGGUCAUUGCAUAUCGGAGAGAUGGCGAUGCGAUGGUGACCCCGACUGCUCAGACCGCUCAGACGAAGAGAACUGUACGUCUGCACGCACUUGUUCAGAAACAGAAUUUGCCUGCAAGGACAACGGUCAUUGCAUAUCGGAGAGAUGGCGAUGCGAUGGUGACCCCGACUGCUCAGACCGCUCGGACGAAGAGAACUGUACGUCUGCACGCACUUGUUCAGAAACAGAAUUUGCCUGCAAGGACAACGGUCAUUGCAUAUCGGAGAGAUGGCGAUGCGAUGGUGACCCCGACUGCUCAGACCGCUCGGACGAAGAGAACUGUACGUCUGCACGCACUUGUUCAGAAACAGAAUUUGCCUGCAAGGACAACGGUCAUUGCAUAUCGGAGAGAUGGCGAUGCGAUGGUGACCCCGACUGCUCAGACCGCUCAGACGAAGAUAACUGUACGUCUGCACGCACUUGUCCGGAAACAGAAUUUGCCUGCAAGGACAACGGUCAUUGCAUAUCGGAGAGAUGGCGAUGCGAUGGUGACUCCGACUGCUCGGACCACUCGGACGAAGAGAACUGUACGUCUGCACGCACUUGUUCAGAAACAGAAUUUGCCUGCAAGGACAAUGGUCAUUGCAUUUCGGCGACGUGGAGAUGUGACGGUUACACCGACUGUUCUGAUGGUUCGGACGAGCAUGUUGCCAUGUGCAACGAAGGUUUCGUCUGCCCACCCAACAAAUUUCUUUGCGAGUCUCUCGGUCAAUUUGUGUGUGUUCGCAACGAGCGGAGGUGCAACGGCGAUAUUGACUGUGACGACGCCGUGGACGAGAAGAACUGCACCCGACCUCAAACGUGCUCAGAGAAAGAGUUUACCUGCACCGACAGAGCACAGUGCAUACCUGUAGCAUUGCGCUGUGACGGUACACGCGACUGCGUAGACGGUUCAGACGAAAAUUUUGUGGGCUGCCUAAGUAAGGCACCAUGCCCGACGGACCAAUUCGCUUGCAGACGCACGCAGGAGGGCUCGGCGACGUGCUUACCUAGGACGUUGCUGUGCGACGGUCACACACAGUGUCACGACGGCUCCGACGAAGUCGGCUGCGAGAACCGAAUCUGCGAAGCCGGAGAGUUUCGUUGCCCGACAGGGCGUUGCGUUCCCCAGCGGUGGACCUGCGACGGCAAGGCCGACUGCCCGUACGGAUCGGACGAGGACGUAAGAUUAUGCAACGCGUUCAUGACAGUAUGCACUCCGAACCAGCUGACCUGCGCCUCGCACGACGACGGCGUUAUCUGCGUCGACGAAGCGCAAAGGUGCGACGGACAUGUGGACUGCGACGACGGUAGCGACGAGAGGCUGAACUGCGCCAGGUUGGCCUUCCACUGUAGAGGGAGCCACUUGCGGUGCGACAACGGCAGGUGCAUACCGAAGCCCUGGAGGUGCGACGGUGAGGAUGACUGCUUCGACGGAAGCGACGAGAAAGGCUGUGCCAGCACCGACGAGGAACGUUCCCAGAAUUGCUCGGUCGACGAAUUUUCGUGCUCCUCGGGUUCGUCGUGCAUCCCGCUGAACUUGCGUUGUGACGGCCGCCCCGACUGCCCCGAUGAGUCCGACGAGCACGACUGCCCUUCAGAGAUGUCCAAUUUCCCGCGGCUGCAAGUUAUCAAAGUAAACACCGCGCUCUCUGACGCGAGAAAGUUGGUUGAGGCCAGCGGCGUCAAUCGACGAGCUCUCCCUCCUAAAGCGGCUGCGAAGCCCCGUGUGACAGGUCGACUAGCGCAAGGGACGCUUCAGCACAGCAACAUAGUAUUGCUCCGGUCAAUAUCUUCCUGUGAACGCAAAGGGGCCAGCAUGGCCACCCCACCGGGCGGCAAGCCUACAUUGCGGCGGUCAGUGUUGGCUUCGGCGUUCAUCUUCGUCGCAGCACUGGAAACCGUAGCGCCUCUCUCGGUGACCAAAUUGGUGGACACAAGCUCCUCGUGCUCGGACAAGCAGUUCAAGUGCGUCGCCGGAGGGAACUGCAUCCCGGGAUGGUGGCAGUGCGACGGAACGUGGGACUGCAGAGACGGAUCGGACGAGCAGGACUGCCACGCCAACAGGACGUGUCUCGAAGAUCAAUUCAAGUGCGGACAAGCCGGUCACUGCAUCCCGGUCACCUUUCGUUGCGACGGUGAACGCGACUGCGAAGACGGAUCCGACGAGGCCAACUGCACCUCGGCGGAGAACUGCAAACAGGCUGGCUUCGCUUGCAGGGAUAGCGGAGAGUGCAUACCUGUGCUCAAGCGUUGCGACGGUAAGCGGGACUGUGAAGACGGCUCGGACGAAGAAAACUGUACGUCUGCACGCGCUUGUUCGGAAACAGAAUUUGCCUGCAAGGACAAAGGUCAGUGCAUAUUGGCAACGUGGCGGUGCGACGGAGACACCGACUGCUCGGACCGCUCGGACGAAGAGAACUGUACAUCUGCACGCAAUUGUUCAGAAAAAGAAUUUGCCUGUAAGGACAACGGUCAUUGCAUAUUAGCAACGUGGCGAUGCGACGGUGAACGCGACUGCUCAGACCGCUCAGACGAAGAAAAUUGUACGUCUGCACGCGCCUGUUCGGAAAUAGAAUUUGCGUGUAGGAACAACGGUGAUUGCAUAUUGGCAAGGUGGCGGUGUGACGGUGACCCCGGCUGCUUGGACCACUCGGACGAAGAGAACUGUACGUCUGCACGCACUUGUUCGGAAACACAGUUUGCCUGCAAGGACAAUGGUCAUUGCAUUCCGGCGACGUGGAGAUGUGAUGGUGACACCGACUGCUCAGACCGCUCAGACGAAGAUAACUGUUCGUCUCCAGGCAAUUGUUCGGAAACAGAAUUUGCCUGCAAGGACAAAGGUCAUUGCAUAUUGGCAACGUGGCGGUGUGACGGUGACCCCGACUGCUCGGACCACUCGGACGAAGAGAACUGUACCUCUGCACGCACUUGUUCGGAAACAGAAUUUGCCUGCAAGGACAACGGUCAUUGCAUCUUGGCAACGUGGCGGUGUGACGGUGACUCCGACUGCUUGGACCACUCGGAUGAAGAGAACUGUACGUCUGCACGCACUUGUUCGGAAACACAGUUUGCCUGCAAGGACAAUGGUCAUUGCAUUCCGGCGACGUGGACAUGUGAUGGUGACACCGACUGCUCAGACCACUCAGACGAAGAGAACUGUACGUCUGCACACACUUGUUCGGAAACAGAAUUUGCCUGCAAGGACAACGGUCAUUGCAUAUUGGCAACGUGGCGGUGUGACGGUGACACCGACUGCUCAGACCGCUCAGACGAGGAAAAUUGUACGUCUGCACGCGCCUGUUCAGAAAUAGAAUUUGCAUGUAGGGACAACGGUGAUUGCAUAUUGGCAAGGUGGCAGUGCGACGGUGACCCCGACUGUUUGGACAACUCGGACGAAGAGAACUGUACGUCUCCAAACACUUGUUCGAAAACAGAAUUUCCCUGCAAGGACAACGUUCAUUGCAUAUCGGCGACAUGGCGGUGUGAUGGUGACCCCGACUGCUCGGACCACUCGGACGAAGAGAACUGUACGUCUGCACACAAUUGUUCGGAAACAGAAUUUGCCUGCAAGGACAACGGUCAUUGCAUAUCGGCGACAUGGCGGUGUGAUGGUGACCCCGACUGCUCGGACCGCUCGGAUGAAGAGAACUGUACGUCUCCACACACUUGCUUACCAAAGCAGUUCGCGUGCAAGGACAAUGGUCGAUGUAUAUGGACCAAUUGGAGGUGCGACGGUGAACGCGACUGCUUCGAUGGCUCGGACGAAGAGGACUGUAAGUCUGCACGCUCUUGUUCGGAAACAGAGUUUGCCUGUCAGGGCAACGGUCAUUGCAUACUGUUAAUGUGGCGGUGUGACGGUGACCCCGACUGCUCAGACCACUCGGACGAAGAAAACUGUACGUCUGCACACAAUUGUUCGGAAACAGAAUUUGCCUGCAAGGACAACGAUCAUUGCAUAUUGGCAACAUGGCGGUGUGACGGUGACACCGACUGCUCAGACCACUCGGACGAAGAAAACUGUACGUCUGCACACAAUUGUUCGGAAACAGAAUUUGCCUGCAAGGACAACGAUCAUUGCAUAUCGGCGACAUGGCGGUGUGACGGUGACCCCGACUGCUCAGACCACUCGGACGAAGAAAACUGUACGUCUGCACACACUUGUUCGGAAACAGAAUUUGCCUGCAAGGACAACGGUCAUUGCAUAUCGGCGACAUGGCGGUGUGACGGUGACCCCGACUGCUCAGACCACUCGGACGAAGAAAACUGUACAUCUGCACACAAUUGUUCGGAAACAGAAUUUGCCUGCAAGGACAACGAUCAUUGCAUAUUGGCAACAUGGCGGUGUGACGGUGACACCGAUUGCUCAGACCACUCGGACGAAGAAAACUGUACGUCUGCACACACUUGUUCGGAAACAGAAUUUGCCUGCAAGGACAACGGUCAUUGCAUAUCGGCGACAUGGCGGUGUGACGGUGACCCCGACUGCUCAGACCACUCGGACGAAGAAAACUGUACGUCUGCACACAAUUGUUCGGAAACAGAAUUUGCCUGCAAGGACAACGAUCAUUGCAUAUUGGCAACAUGGCGGUGUGACGGUGACACCGACUGCUCAGACCACUCGGACGAAGAAAACUGUACGUCUGCACACAAUUGUUCGGAAACAGAAUUUGCCUGCAAGGACAACGGUCAUUGCAUAUCGGCGACAUGGCGGUGUGACGAUGACCCCGACUGCUCGGACCGCUCGGAUGAAGAGAACUGUACGUCUCCACACACUUGCUUACCAAAGCAGUUCGCGUGCAAGGACAAUGGUCGAUGUAUAUGGACCAAUUGGAGGUGCGACGGUGAACGCGACUGCUUCGAUGGCUCGGACGAAGAGGACUGUAAGUCUGCACGCUCUUGUUCGGAAACAGAGUUUGCCUGUCAGGGCAACGGUCAUUGCAUACUGUUAAAGUGGCGAUGCGAUGGUGACCCCGACUGCUCGGACCACUCCGACGAAGAGAACUGUACGUCUGCACACACUUGUUCGGAAACGGAAUUUGCUUGCAAGGACAAUGGACAUUGCAUUCCGGCGACAUGGAGGUGUGACGGUGACCCCGACUGUUCUGAUGGUUCGGACGAGCAUGUUGCCACGUGCAACGAAGGUUUCGUCUGCCCACCUAACAAAUUUCUUUGCAAGUCUCUCGGUCAGUUUGUGUGUGUUCCCACCGAGCGGAGGUGCAACGGCGAUAUUGACUGCGACGACGCCGUGGACGAGAAGAACUGCACCCGACCUCAAACGUGCUCAGAGAAAGAGUUUACCUGCACCGACAGAGCACAGUGCAUACCUGUAGCAUUGCGCUGUGACGGUACACGCGACUGCGUAGACGGUUCAGACGAAAAUUUUGUGGGCUGCCUAAGUAAGGCACCGUGCCCGACGGACCAAUUCGCUUGCAGACGCACGCAGGAGGGCUCGGCGACGUGCUUACCUAGGACGUUGCUGUGCGACGGUCGCACACAGUGCCCCGACGGCUCCGACGAAGUCGGCUGCGAGAACCGAAUCUGCGAAGCUGGAGAGUUUCGUUGCCCGACAGGGCGUUGCGUUCCCCAGCGGUGGACCUGCGACGGCCAGCCCGACUGCCCGGACGGAUCGGACGAGGGCGCAAAAUUGUGCAACGUGUUCAUGUCAGUAUGCACUCCGAACCAGCUGUACUGCGUCUCGCACGACGACCGCGUUAUCUGCGUCGACGAAGCGCAAAGGUGCGACGGACAUGUGGACUGCGACGACGGUAGCGACGAGAGGCUGAACUGCGCCAGGUUGGCCUUCCAUUGUAGAGGGAGCCACUUGCGGUGCGACAACGGCAGGUGCGUACCAAAGCCCUGGAGGUGCGACGGUGAGGAUGACUGCUUCGAUGGAAGCGAUGAGAAAGGCUGUGCCAGCACCGACGAGGGACGUUCCCAGAAUUGCUCGGUCCACGAAUUUUCGUGCUCCUCGGGUUCGGCGUGCAUCCCGCUGAACUUGCGUUGUGACCGCCGGCCCGACUGCCCCGAUGAGUCCGACGAGCAUGACUGCCCUUCAGAGAUGUCCAAUUUAGUGUGAGGUGACGGAUGUUGCAUGGCUACAAGCUUGAUGUGUUCUUGCGUGUGCAUGUGUGUGUGUGUGCGUCGUUGUUUGUGCCACGAAUGCACAUUGUCUUCAACGAAUGCGCUAACGGAGUUGUGCUUACCGUCUGUGUGACUCUGGCAACCCGAAGAUUAAGUGUUGUCUGGUUCCUCGCGUCAAGUCUCGACUGCCAACUGGGUGAUCGGCCGUUCUCUGUACUCUCAGCUAGAUUUAAGUUUUCAGUUGCCCAGAAACGCGAAGCACUCCCGCUGCUAACUCUCAAUGUACGAGCCUCAACAGCAGGACGCAGUCGUUAGAUUGUAGGGUACCUCUAUGAUUGUUUCUGGUUCGGCGAGUCCUGCAGGAAUCGUAAAACUGUACAGGAAGUGUUUGACUAAAAGAAAAAAAAUAACGGCACAGGUUACGUCAAAAUACUUUUGGCGCCCCUAAUUACAUAUUUCUUGUGGACUUGGAGCGCCAGAUCCUUUGUUCGGCUAUAAUAUUUUUUUUAAAUAUGGCACGUUGCAUAGCUCUAAGAUUAUACAUCUGUGCCACAGCUUCGGAGCGCGCUGCUUAAGGCAUAUGUAAUGUUCCUUUUGACGCGCGUUAAGAAUUUUCAAAUUCAAUUUGGUUAUUCCUCAGCCGCAAAUUGAAAAUUUGUAAGUUUUCAGUAACGUAAACUUCCUCCAGUCUGCUGAGUUCAUGGCGGAAAGGUGCAAACGGUUCUGGUGGACUGCAGUUGAAAUUCUACAACUUUCCUCACUUUAUGUUUCAAACACAUAUAUAGGAAUUUUGUCCUUACCAGAACAAAGCUCAAGCCAGCAAAUGUCAAACCUCUGAUAAGCCCAGUGAGGUGUCACGAAGGUAUUCUUGAAAACACUCCGUUUUAUUUGCAUUUCAUGCUUCCGCGAUUAAUAAAAUUAAGAUCGCAGGCAGCAUAAUUUGUUAGAUACGUUGCAGACAGUCGGACUUGACCCGUCUUGAUGGAAAGCCAUUGUUGGCGCUAUUAAAAACUGGAAGAGAAAUUUUAAGCGCUUUUUAUUCUUGUGCGUCAAACGUUUUUUAAAGCUUUCGUUCCAUGUUUGUUAUGGUAAAUUGCAAUGUAAAGCUUUACUACGGCUAAUAAAUCACCUACUUCAAUGGUCCCCUUUCUAUACAGCAUUUACAGCAACCUAACAAGACAACUGACAUGCUAAGCUUUGUAUAAAGCAAAGUGUGCUUUCUAGUUGGAGUGCCGAUGAACCCUAAACGUUGCUUGCUUCUUCAACACGCAGAAACAAAAAAUGACAAUACGUGUGCAUACACGACGAUGACAAAAGCCCUCUACGCUUUCAGCAAAUGUGUCCAGCCUUCUUCUAUCGGCAGAUUCCUUGCAGUACGUGGGUACACCCAAGUGCAAAAGUUUUCGGAGCAGAGCAUCUCUGAAAAAAAUGAGGUACCCUCACAUUCAAAGCAGUGGCCCUCGAAUCAUAACGCGCUGUGGGUACAUCCCCGCAUGACCACCACGUUGUUCAUAUAAAUUUCAGGCUGUUUGAUUGGUUCAUUGAUUGAUUAUUUUUAUUGACACGGAACGAAAAUGUCACACAAGGUACACAAGGCUUGUUUCGACCCAUGGCCGUAAGUAUUGGGUCCAAUUAUGACACGUACUCGCAUACACACAGCGUUCAGCGGCUUGUAAACACAAAAUGCGCACAACAAAUGCACAAUGUAAACAAAACGACAUUGAAAACUAGGAUAUUGUCAGCAAAUCAGCUAGAUAUGGACGCUACCUUGAACGAGAGUGUUCAUUUUGAAACGGCAAUUUCGUCACAGGCGUAGUUAAAUUACGUGCAAAUUUAACCUCAUCGGGUAUUGUGUACCAAAUGAGAACCCCAGUAAGUUCUAUUAACCACUGCUCACAUUCGUUUCUAGCAACUAGCAGGUUAAAACGAUUGUUAGUUGCAGCCCCUGUGCCACGUGUAGGCAGUUUAAAUGCGCUGAAUGAUAUGAUUCGUCAUUUCAUGACACGAUGGGAAAAACAACGAAUGAAAUUGUUUUCCCAGAUAACCAGAAAUCAAAUAAGAAUAAACAAAGGAACAUACAUUCGCCCCCCUCUAAAACACAGUGCGCGUUUAAACCACAGUGCUAGUGUACAACCUUAUAAGACACGCCUUGAUGGUUUUCAAUACUCGUUCUUUCCUUCGUGUAUUAAUAUAUGGAAUGGCCUUCCGGACUGCACUGUAACAGCACAAGAUGCUAACAAAUUUUAUACUUAACUAGAAUUGUAUUACAGGCAACGGGAUAAUUAAGAAUUGAUCAUGCUUACUGUUAUUCUGUGUAUAGUUGUUCAUCCUCCCUGUAAUUUGUGUUUGACAAUGCGCUGUAUAACGUUGUAUUUAUUGUCAGUGCUGAAAUUUAUAUUUUUUAUUUUAGCAAUUCCUCUCCUGUAAUGGCCCUCAUGUGAGAGCUACAGUAUUCCUAAAUAAAAAAUAUAAUAAAUAGAGU